CUUGAGGAAAUGGAGCUGUUGAUCAUUCAACAUGUUUCAUCUCAAACCACAAUGUCGGUUAUCAAUAACUACAUUUCUUAUGCACAUGCAAUUUGCCGCAGCUGAGCAUGCGUGUCUCGUUACAAAGCAGUCGAAACGACCACGACGUGGAAGAUGACGCGAACCAUCCUCUUACCGGAGCGGCUGACAGGGACGAAGAAGCCCAUCUAUUGACAAGAGAAGAGAUGGACUUCGAGGAUGACGUGUUGACUACGCGAAGUGGUCGACGUAGCUUCCUCAACUUCUUGCACGGUCCAGAGCCACUUCGUAUCCAGUCUAUCCAGCCAGUCUUUCCUUCCAUACAAGCGCGUCCGGCGCAAUGGAUGAAAGCACACAGGUUCAACAAACCCAUCUGGCUCUUUUCUGUGCUACUCCUUUGGCUUCUAAUCUUUAUGUGGUUUCUCACUGCGCAAUUACCGCUUCGCGAUGGGGACGGCAAUAGUGUGAUCAAUCUCGAUUGCGUAGACACGCUCUGGAAACGAAAGAACGAAUGCGGAAUCGAUGGAAUCAAUUGCCGUCCUUUCAGCAACCAUUCAUUCGCUUUUCGGUGUCCAGCGAAGUGCGGCGACGUGCAGAUAUUGAAUCCGCACAUUGUUGGACCUCUCGAAGUAAACUACCGGCCGUUUGUCAUUGGGACGGGAUUUUACCGUGGAGACAGUUUUAUCUGCGGAUCCGCGAUCCAUGCUGGCAUUGUGGAUGGCCGGAAAGGUGGCUCUGGUCGAAUUACUCUCCUUGGUGAGCAUGAUAGUUUCGCCAGUACUAAGCGACACGGCAUCGAAUCCUUACCUUUCGAUUCGUACUUUCCGCUUGCCUUUUCUGUGGGCUAUGACAAUAGCUUUCGCUCUGCUUCCGACCCUCGGUGGGGCUUGCUUCCUGUUUCACUCCUCGUCACUGCUGCGCUUGUUAUCUUCACCACGUCACCAAAGAUCUUCUUUGCAAUCUUCAGCCUCAUUUUUGCCCAUGUGAGCUUUGUUUCUGAUCCACCGUCGGCGUCCUCCACAAACACUACUGUUCUUCCGGAUCACUUGUCCAUGUUCGCGAAGCGACUUUUACCGGCAAUGUUUGUGGCCGUUGUCAUAUACUCUACUACCGUGAAGAGGUCAUUACUUGGCAUGACUGCUCAGUUCGAGAAAGCACUCUUCUGGCUUGGCGGUUUUUGGUUUGGAGCACUUUCAAAUUAUACUUUUGACUGGAUACCGAUAUCGCGACUUACCGCGCACGAUCUGGAACAACAACCUGGAGCAAAGCUAGCCCUGGCAAUCAUCGUCUUGGUGCUGGUGGUAAUCAUCGUGGGGCAAAUAUACUACUUCUGGCUCGAAGGCCGGCUGCCCCGCUACCUCGGCUUGUAUGGACUCUUCGUUCUUGGAAUUGUUGUCUGCUUGACUAUCCCAGGCGUAAAUCUAAGAAUCCACCAUUACAUCCUCGCGAUAUUGUUGCUACCGGGCACGAGUUUGCAGACACGACCGUCUUUACUGUACCAGGGCAUUCUGUUGGGUCUUUUCGUUAACGGGAUAGCGCGUUGGGACUUUGACUCCGUCUUGCAAACUUCUGCUGCACUUCGCGCUGAUGCGAAGUUUAACUCGGUGGUUCCCAAGAUAACGGACGCCACCGUCAACCUUGGUACCGAGGCGCUGGUUGCGACAUUUCGGUAUGAAGCACACCCGGUCGGAAUUGACGGCAUAAGUGUCCUAGUAAAUGAUGUUGAGCGCGACCGUGCGUUCUACGAUGAUGGGCUAGGUGGAGCUUCUUUUGAAUGGCGCAGGCCAGUUGAUAGUGGGAUCAACGAGUACUUCCGAUGGGCUUAUGUAAGAAAUGGGAGAACCUUGGAUUAUACCAGGCCAGGUACGUUAUCUGGCAACGGCACGUGGAUUCCUGGAGAGCCGGUGGAGAAGGUAUGAAUCCAGCUGGCUGCACGGUCGCAUUUAUAAGGAUACCUCAGAUCUAGGCUCAUGUGUCUGGGAUGUGGUGGAGGCCCACGAGGUUUGUCGAUUGGAGAAUGUGAGCUUUUACGAUCACAAGAACAUGUCAGGGUCUGGUCGUUGUUAUCGCUCGCAUCCGAAGACCUGUCAUUUGCUGUAGGCGACACCGGACCAUGGUAUCAGUUCCAAAUGCCCCACGCUCCUCGUCAGAAAGCCCGCAUCACUAUUAGCUUCAACCACA